UUUGUUUUUGUUUUUUAAAUACACUUCAGGAGAAUAAGAAGAUGACUAAUGGAUAUUUCCAUAAUGAAAAUCUAAAAGCUGUUGUGGGUAACUUAUUUGCUGCUGGUACAGAAACGACUGCAACAACACUGCGCUGGGCCAUACUCCUGAUGAUGAAGUACCCGGAAAUUCAGCGGAAGGUCCAAGAAGAAAUUGCAAAAGUGAUUGGAGAUCUCCAGCCAAGGACAGAACACCGAGCAGAAAUGCCUUACACCGAUGCAGUAAUUCAUGAAGUUCAAAGGUUUGCUAAUAUUAUUCCAACCAAUUUGCCACAUGCAACCACCAUGGACAUAACUUUCAAAGGCUUCUUCAUUCCCAAGGGUAUGCAGAUUGUUCCAUUGCUGUCAUCAGUGCUCCAUGAUGAAUCUCAGUGGGAGAAACCUCAUGAAUUCUAUCCUGAGCAUUUUCUCGAUUCUGAAGGGAAAUUUGUGAAAAAAGAUGCAUUCCUGCCUUUCUCUGCAGGUCGGAGAGUGUGCGCUGGUGAGAACCUUGCCAAAAUGGAGCUCUUCCUCUUCUUUACAAGCCUCCUGCAGAGAUUUGCCAUCCAGCCACCCCCAGGAACAUCUAAAGAUGACCUGGACCUAACCCCUGUGGUUGGAUUUACAACCCCUCCUAUGCCCUACAAGACCUGUGCCAUACCACGUUCAUAAGACACAAGACGUUGAUAACAGCCCUUUUCUCAGCCUUUUUUUUUUUUUUAUCUGCACUCAGUCGUUACCGACUCUGCAAUGACUGCUUUGGACAAGUCCUU